AUGGCGGCGGCGGCGGCGGACAACCGGAGAAUGGUCCGCGCUCGCGUCCCACGCGCGCCAGGGAGGAUCAGCGCCCUCCCCGACGACGUCCUCCGCCGCAUCAUGUCCCAGCUGAGCUCACGCGAGGCCGUGCACACAUGCUUCCUGGCGCGGCGCUGGCGCAACCUCUGGCGGGAGGUGCCCAUCAUCAACGCGACUUUCGAGGACUUCGAAGACAGCGCCGCUGCCCAUGACAGAAUCGAGCGUGAGGCGAUGUUCAAGAAGUUCGUCACCCGUUUCCUGCUGCUACGCAACUGCGUCGGCCUGGACGAGUUCCGGCUGGACUACAGCCUGGCGGGUGGCACCGAGGACCUCAGCGCUGGCUCCGCCGACGCCAACCUGUGGAUCUUCCAUGCGUUACGGUGGAAUGCUCUGGCCGUCAAGGUUCUCAGCCGGGAACAUCAACUGGAGCUCGACCCUGCGGUAUUCACUUCGAGCUUCUUGAGGAGGCUGCAUAUUUCCAGUGCUAGAUUGGUCCCAGGUUUCUUUGAUCAGCUCCAACAUGGCUGCCCGGCACUGGAAUAUCUGUUCCUAUCCGAUUCCCUCGUGAUGGACCAUGAGAUUUUCUCCAACACGGUGAAGGUUCUCAUCCUCGCUGAGGAAGUUAUGUUCUCAUGUGAUCACGAUGACCCAGUUUCUAUCUCUGCUGCAAGUGCCAUUUCUGUCUUCAUCGAGUGUGAUCUUUCGGUGGCCAGGCUACCUACACUGAAGAACAUGGAAUCUCUAGAGACUGCAUCAGUAUUGCUUUGUGGACAUGUCAGAGCUUGUGAUACUGAUGGUAUCAGGCAGUUUCUGGGCGGCCUGUCUCAUGUUACUAGUUUGGACUUCCGUUAUAUGGAUGGAAAGCUGCCCAUGGAAAAGAAUAUCCGAUGGUGUCCAACAUUCAGCAAUCUUAUAAACCUGACUGUUGAUACCUCGUGUGUCCAUGCAGACCUCUAUGCAUUGAUAGUCUUCCUUCAGAACUCACCCAGUCUGAAGAAGCUCACUCUCAAACUAGACCAGUGAUAAAUCUGGCCUUUUUUUGGGCAGGCGUGUGUGUAUGUAAUCUCUGGUGAGCUGGAAGACAGAUCAUUUACAUGUGAGCAGCUUGAGAUUGUUGAAAUCAUAUGUUCAGAGACAAAUGAGCUGCUACCCAGGGUGACUCAGUUUUUGCGUGCUAGUGGCAUCGGGGCCGAUCAGAUGCGCAUCACUCACAAGAACUAAGUCCUAUGCAAGGCAUCCUGUCAUACACCUCGCAAGCAAACAUGAUGUCCUCUUAUGUCU